AUGAAAACUCAAAUUCUUAUCACAGAUAUUCCACAGCAAGCCUUCAAAUCGGAUUGGCCUAGUACAUUAUAUAAUCUUUUAUUUGUGGAUAAAUUUCCUUUAAUCAAAUCAGAUCUGUUGUAUUACACGCCAUUGGCAUUUAUGAAUAGAAUAGUUUUGAUAUUUGGUAAUGAAGAAAAUACGCUAAAAAUCUAUGAUUUCUUGAAAAAUUUUCAAUCUAUGAAAAAUAAUGUGAACUCUAGGAAUUUACAGGAAGCCAAGAUAUUUAUUAAUGAGCCAUUGAUCACCAGACAAAGAGCUAAGUCUGUAGAUGAUAUAGAUCCACUAUCCAAUACAGAUCCUACCAUUACACAUGUUAAUCCUUUAUCAAAUUUGACUGCUAAGAAUGAUACUUAUAGUGUCAUAAAUACUUCCAAUAUAAUUAAUAAAGAUACACCAGUGUUGUCAGUAGAUACUGAUCCUCAAUCUACAGGAAUUGAUUCGCAUAGUCUUAAUAUGGGGUCGCCUUCAUUAUCCCCUGACAGAAUGGCCUUACGUUCCCCAACAUGGUUGAAAUUUGAUGACAAUGAUACAAAAUUGCAUUGCUAUAAAGAGCCUGAACCAAAUACCACCACAACUACGACUUCUAGUACUAACAAUAGCACAAUACUACAUCCUGCAGAUGAUGUUGAUCCAUCUAAUGCUAAGAGGAGGAAUCCUAGUAUUACUUUAAAAGAGAUAUAA